AUGAGGUCCGCUGCGAAAGGGUUCUAUCUUGCCUGUUUUGCUCUCUUCGGAUCUGUCCAUGCCAAACCAUCUAGCACAACCGCUUCCAAAUCUUCCUCCGCCGAGGUCUGCGCUAUCGACCCUACAGCAAUUGUCUCUGACGCUUGCGCCUCCUACUCCACCCUCGAUACCCUGAACGAUGCGCUCUCGCCUUCGCUAAAAGCCAUCACGAAAUCCACGGAUUUCUUCGCCUAUUACAGGCUCAAUCUGUACGAUCAAAAAUGCCCGGUCAAAGCUUGGGACGACGAGACAGGCACGUGCGGGAACAUUGCCUGUAAAGUGGACACAUUGGAGGAUGAAAAAGAUGUGCCGGAAAUAUGGAGAGCCGGAGAGUUGAGUAAAUUGGAGGGACCAAAAGCCGCACAUCCCGGCAGACAGCUGCAGAAAGAGCGGGGAACUCAAAAGCCGCUGCAAGGGACGUUGGGAGAAAAUGUAGGGGAGAGCUGUGUGGUGGAAUACGACGACGAAUGCGAUGAGAGAGACUACUGUGUACCGGAAGACGAAAGUGCGGCUGUCAAGGGCGACUAUGUCAGUCUGGUGGACAAUCCAGAAAGAUUUACCGGCUAUGCAGGGAUGGAUGUCUGGGAUGCCAUAUACAAGGAAAAUUGUUUCUCGAAAGAAUCUCAGAUCUCGUCAGCACCGAGUAGAGGCGACUCAUCCAAUCCCUUCCAAGCGCAUAACGACCUUCGAAACGUUAUACAAGCGAAUUCUCCUUCCACAGAGUUAGCCGUUGAGGACGAAUGUUUGGAAAAGCGCGUCUUCCACCGCAUCGUAAGCGGCAUGCACGCUUCCAUUUCCACCCACAUCUGCUUCGAUUACCUCAACCAAACAACGGGAACCUGGGGCCCAAAUCUACAAUGCUACCAGGACCGUCUCGGAACCCAUCCUGAACGUGUCUCCAACCUCUACUUCGACUACGCAAUCCUCCUCCGCGCCGUCACCAAGCUCCGUACCUACCUCAAAAAUUACACCUUUUGCUCCGGCGAUCCUUCCCAAGAUGCAGUUACCAAGUCCAAAAUCCUCUAUUUGGCAGACGCGGCUGCAUCUCAUCCACAGAUUUUUGACGAGAACACCAUGUUUCAAGAUCCCGAUGUCAGCGGCGAGCUCAAAGAGGACUUCCGUAACCGGUUCCGCAAUGUAAGCAGGCUGAUGGACUGCGUUGGCUGCGACAAGUGCAGACUAUGGGGCAAGCUGCAGACAGUCGGGUAUGGCACAGCUCUCAAAGUUCUCUUCGAGUACGACGAGCUCAAGAAUGGCGAAAAUCCACCACUACGACGGACGGAGCUGGUGGCUUUGGUGAACACCCUGGAUAGAGUCUCUAGCAGUCUCACGGCCCUCGGACGAAUGCGAGAUAUGGUCGCCGAGCCAGUCGUGCCAAAGGAGGUCGCUAAGAAGGUUGACCUUGCCGACGCCAGCGAGCAGAAGGCCCCUCACAGAUCCAAAGACCGUCCGGACGCCAAGCCGGCCAUUGACCUCGACGAUGAUGAUGAAGAGGUCGUCCAACCGUACCAAUCUAUUUCCGAGAUAUUCCUAGAAGAGUGUUACCUGGUCUGGCGAACCUUCGGCUUCGUCCUCAGAAGCUGGAUCGAGCUCCCGGGCAAGUUCUUCAAGAUUACGGUCGUGGAACUCAGCCGAUUGUGGAGCUUUUGGCUGGGAUUGCCCGUGGCGGAGAGGAGCUGGGAGAUCCAAUGGGGUCCGAGGAUGGAUGAGCUGUGA